UAUGACUAUCUUUCUCAUUUCUCAUUUUCUUCCUCUUCUUCUUCGUAAAAUAAAACCUUUCCACUUUCCUUCUUCCCCUUCCUUCUCUUCAAUCUUCCUCUUUACCCCUUUUCGUCGUUUUCUCUCUCUAUUCCAACUCUUUCUCUCUCUCCUUUUAUCCGACGCUCAUUAUCUCUCCACGUCUUUCAUCUUCAUCAUCUUCUUCUACUUCCCCAAUCUUCCCUACUCCUACUAUAUAUACCCCAUUCUUCUCCUUUUUCUCUCUCUUCCUCUCUUUUCUCUCUUUCUUUUCUAGGGUUUCUCAGCUUUCGAUUCUCCUACGCUUUUUCGCUCAUUUCCAACUUUAAUGCUGUUUCUGUGUCUCUCUCUCCACUCAUUUGUCUCACUCACUUCGACGCCAUAUUAGGGUUUUUGAUUGGAGUUUGGAUUUCAUUUAGUUUUUUCGUACGGUAUGAUUCUAGUGAUUGAAUUGAGCUGAGUUUUACUGUGUUUAUGUUAAUGGUUGAUAUGAUUAAUGGCUAUUGAGAAGAACAACCUAAAGACGGUGUCAAAGUUUGAUUCAGAGUAUUCAGUGGGUAGUAGGAGUAGGGAGAGUAUGUCGACUGAUGAAGAUGAGUUUCAUAGGAGAAAUUCGGUGGAUUCUGAGGAUGAUGAUGAAUUUGAUGAUGCGGAUUCUGGGGCAGGGUCGGAUGAUUUUGAUUUGUUGGAAUUAGGGGAGACAGGUUCGGAGUUUUGUCAAGUUGGGGAUCAGACUUGCUGUAUUCCGUUUGAGCUUUAUGAUCUUCCUGAUUUGCAAGGGAUUUUGUCUUUGGAUGUUUGGAAUGAGUGCUUGACUGAAGAAGAGAGAUUCGGGCUUGCCAAGUAUUUGCCUGAUAUGGAUCAGGGGGUGUUUUUGCGUACAUUGAAGGAUUUGUUUGAAGGUGCUAAUUUUCAUUUUGGUAGUCCUAUAACUGUGCUUUAUCAGAUGUUGAAAGGAGGGUUGUGUGAGCCGAGAGUUGCGCUUUAUCGUCAGGGGCUGAACUUUUUCCAGACACAUCAGCAUUAUCAUUUGUUGCGUAGGCAUCAGGAUUCCAUGGUUAGUAGUCUUUUACAGAUGAGGGAAGCUUGGAAUAACUGUAAAGGGUAUAACAUUGAUGAGAAACUACGUGUUUUAAAUCUUGUGAGAAGUCAGAAGACUUUGAUGAGGGAAAGAAACGAGGACUUGGGCUCUAAUUCUUCUGAAAGGGAGUCAGGUGAGGCAUUGUUGAAUAUGAGGUUAAAGGGACGUGGUGCUGGGAAGAAAACAAGGUAUGAUCUUAACUAUGGUACUAGUCCUGCCUUUGACAUCUUUUCUGGGGGAAGGGCAGAUGUUACUCAAUAUGGCCAGCCGAAUUCAAAGGGAUCGCUGAAAGCAGGUGGAAUGACAAGUCCUUCACCAAAUGUAGCAUCCUCACGUAUCCAUUCCCGUCUCUACGCUCACAGCUCAGAGUGGGUCACCUCUAGAGGGGGUAAGGCAGCUGUACAUGAUGUUAUGAUAGCUACCGUUGACGAUGAGCAAGAAAUGAAUCACGACAUGGCUAACCAGAGAUAUUGGAACACUAUGGAUGGGGAUGUGAUGGUUCGAGGUAGGUCUGUUAAGACAGGAAAGAAACGUGGAUCUUUUGGAGAUGAUGAAUGUGAUGGUGACAGCUAUUUAAGUGUGCCUCAAUCUGCAAAGACUGAUUUUCCUGCUCAUGGGCGGAAUCUGAAUAUAAAUAAGCUAGCUGAUAUUAAAGUCUUGACAGCUAAACCAUCAAAUGCGAGAGGUAUGUAUGACCCUGCCAGGAGGACCAAGUAUGUGGAUCCUGCAUAUGAUGAUCAAAUGAGACUUGCAAGAGGUCGUGCUUUGCAGAUUGCUCCAAAAGGAAAUUUAACUGGCUAUGCUGGCGUCGUGGAACCUUUUUGGACUAAGAGAAACCAGGGGGAUGCAUACUUGAAUGAUCCAUCAAUUGAUUAUGAAUACAGGGAUGUUGAAACCAAGAAAAUUAAAUUGGGUAUUGAAUAUGCUGAUUAUAGACUUAAAUCCCGGCAAGUCUCCCAACACGUAGAGGAUAGAAUGUUUCAUCCAGAGAAGCGAGACAAGCUUUUGGCAGAAAAUAUUCGAGGGGUUUCAGUUCGAAAUGGAGAGUCCAGUAUGUUCCCUUUUCAGGAGGAAAGAAUGUUUUGUGGAGGUGAAGAGACACCGUCAGGCUCAUCUGGUCAACUCGAGGAAGAAGAGGACAACAGUCCAUUGAUCAUGUCCAAGCAAGCAAUACGUGGUCAUUUGGAAACUGCUCGAUCUUCUCUGUCCAGGUCAAUUCUUGAUGAGAAGAAGGUGAAACGAACGAAGAAGGGUGCUAAAGAAAGUAUAAUGACUCUUGAAGGGAUACUACCUGACUCUAGUUCAAUGGCUGGUUUUGGAAGGCAUUUGCAAAGGCCAGAGAUGGAAACUUAUUUCUCCAAAAGCAGGCAGAAGGCAAAAGCACAUAAUCUUGAUACCUCACCGAAUUUUACUACAAGAAUGACUGAGGAUCGUCUCUAUGCUGGUCCUGGAAACACAUUUAUGGAAAGUGACCAAAAAUCAACUUACAGACUCGGAAGGAAUGGCAAAGUCCUUGCAGAGUUUGCUGAAAAUUCUCCCAUGUCCAUGGAUAAGGCUUCUUCUAUGGAAAGAAGGCGAAGAGGAAAUGUUAGCCAUGAUUUCUCCUUGCAUGAGUUCAACACGAGAGACUACAGUAUGGAAGUGGGGGGUGUAUUUGACGGCAAUUCAAUGGGCAGAAAUUCCAGGGACUUGAAUAACACAUUAGUUGGUUGCACUUCGUCUGUUAAGAAGAAAAGGAGAAAAGAGGUUUUUACUGAAAUUGAUGGAUUAGAUAAAUCUGAUCACCUAUCUUCACAUCAUCCGCUCUCCGAUACUGUUCCCUUGAAGAAUUGGGCCAAGAAGAGACUGGAAGCAGAGUGUGGUUCUCCAGGUGCCAGCACAUCUGAAAUACCUAUUUUAGAGGUUGGAAUGGCAGAGCCGGAGCUGGAAAUCAAACCUCAAAAGAAAACUCUCCCUCCAAUAACCCCUACUGUUCACACCGAUUUCUCAUUCUCCAUCAUUCACCUUCUUUCUGCUGUGCGCAAGGCCUUGAUAACUCCUAGUCCUGACAAUGGUUUGGAGACUCAGAAGAAUAUUGAGAACACCGGAGGUGAGCCUAACGACCAGUGUGCAAAGCAUGAAGUUUCCAAUGGUUCCCUUGUGCAGUCGGAUAUGACUAACCUUCUGACUGAAAAAUCAAAAUUUUCUUUGACGGUUCAGGACAUUGUCACUCGUGUGAGAUCCGACCCAGGGGAUCCAUGCAUUCUUGAGACACAAGAGCCACUUCUGGAUCUAGUUCGAGGAGUCUUGAAGAUAUUUUCAUCCAAAACAGCACCCUUGGGAGCAAAGGGCUGGAAGCCUCUGAUAUGUUAUGAAAAGUCCUCAAAAUGCUGGUCUUGGACUGGGCCAGUGCCAGUAAGCACAACAGAUCAAGAAACCCCUGAGGAGGUGAUUUCUCCCGAGGCUUGGCGAAUUUCUCGCAAAAUGCUCAUAAAGUUGGUUGAUGCAUAUGCCAAUUGGCUUAAAAGUGGCCAAGAGACUUUGCAGCAAAUUGGUAGCCUUCCUCCGCCACCGGCAGAGUUGAUGCAGUUAAACUUUGAUGAAAAAGAAAGGUUCAGGGACCUGAGAGCUCAAAAGAGUUUAACUACCAUUACUCGAAGCUCUGAUGAAGUCAGGGAUUAUUUCCGCAAGGAAGAGCAACUGAGGUAUUCAAUUCCCGACAGAGCCUUCUCUUAUACGGCAGCUGAUGGUAAGAAAUCUAUUGUUGCUCCUUUGAGAAGAUGUGGUGGUAAGCCAACUUCGAAAGCCCGAGACCAUUUUAUGUUGAGACGUGAUCGACCUCCUCAUGUUACCAUUCUAUGUCUUGUCCGAGAUGCUGCUUCCAGGUUACCGGGGAGCAUUGGUACUAGAGCUGAUGUUUGCACUUUGAUAAGGGAUUCCCAGUUUAUUGUGGAGGACGUCACUGAUGCUCAGGUUAAUCAGGUUGUCAGUGGAGCCCUUGAUCGUUUACAUUAUGAGCGUGAUCCGUGUGUACAGUUUGACGGUGAGAGGAAAUUGUGGGUUUACUUGCACAGAGAUCGGGAAGAAGAGGAUUUUGAGGAUGAUGGUACCUCUUCCACAAAGAAAUGGAAACGACAGAAGAAAGAUGCUCCUGAGCAGGAUGAUCAAGUUACUGUCGCUUGUCAUGGUAACACAGAGCCUAAUGGUUUUGAUUUGAGCUCUGAUCUCAAUGUCGCACCCAAAGGCGAAAAUGGUGGUAAAACAUCAGAUGUUUUGUAUGAUGAUUCAAGACAAGGAACAGAAUAUGAUGGAAAGGCUGGUGACAUUCCUGAAGAAUCUGAUUUUCAGCAGAUGCUAGAAAGGAGAUUGCAGUGCGCAGAGAACUCUGAAAAUAAUGAAUUUGAUGAUGGAUCACAAGGAUGUUAGGCGAUGGGAUUGACUGCUCCUUUGAGCAUUUCUUUUCAGGAUGAAGCCCCCUUACUGUUAAGCCUUCCCAUCGAAAUCCGACAUGUGCGUAAUGUAUUAUCAUUUUUUGUGUAGCUUAUCAAGUAGAGAACACGAAGGGGAUAAACACAACUAAACAAGUGAAAAAUUGUUUUGUGAAUACAGCUAGUACAGGUAGCUAGGCCUUUCAAGCAUAUAUAGGUCAGUAAAUAAUGUAUCUGCUUUGAUUACCUACUUUUGAUCUAAACUUCACUUCAAAUCAAAGCCUCUCCAGAUCAUAUUUCUACUCUGAUUGUGACACUGCUGUAUUAUAGAUUCCACGAUAUAUUGCUUAUAUUUUGCAAACGAUGUCAAA